AUGUCACAGCCUCGAGACAUCCCGCAGAAAUCCAAAACUUCAUACUUCCCAGACCAGAGCUAUACUGCAACCAGCCCGACCCAGAUGUCCAGCAUGGGUUCGCCCCAAUCCCCGAAGGUGGACUGCCCUAAGCGUGCAUCUACUCCCACCCGCAAGAACAGCGACGACUACAAACGUUACAGUGGAACUGUCAACCACUACGGUCGUCACUCCAAUGACUGGCUAUUCGGAGGCUUCAGUGUUCGCGAGACUGUUCGUGAUAGCCUCGAUAAGCUUCGCAGCCAGGACAAGGAAAGCUGA